AUGGCUGACAGGAUGCAAGUUUCUGCGCGGGAUGGGACGUCGAGUGAUGGCGAGUCAGGUAUGGCUGACAGGAUGCAAGUUUCUACUUUGGAUAAAGUUGAUCUACAAUUGAAAAGAUACGCUGACUCUUUUGACAAAAUUCCAAAGGAGCUGAAAGAAGAAUGUUUAAAAAAUAUAGAAGCCCAUCUUUUUGACGGCUACACAAAGCCAAGUUUCAUUGAGGAUGUGGACUAUGCAGCAUCCGUAGUAAUCUCUGCUGACCACCUGACUCCGAAAGAGAAGCAAGCAGUCAUCGACAUGUUGAGAGAAAGGAUAUGA